CGCCUUUUGGCUGCCAUUUGCUGUAAUCUGUCAUUCAUUUAAUGUUAUUGAAUAGGUGUGUUUUUAAUUUGUUUUGGUAUAAAGAAGCUUAAUUUUGUCAUAAAUUUAAGUGCUUGGUGUACGAAAUUCGUUGACAAAAUAGUUCUAAAGCCCGCCGUGUGCAAUAUGUGCUUAAAAUAGUCAUAAUUGAAAUUAUGAAGCAGUGGGACCAAGUUUAUUUAAUGGCAUUUCCUGUUAGCAGACAAAAUAAGCAUUGUUUGUAUCUAUAAGUUGUAAAAUGAACACAGCAUGUCUUUUUUGAGUACUACCGAAAAUGUGGGUUUCAGUGGUAUUCCACAAAAUAUAUCGGAUGCAAGCUGCGCAACUCAAUACAAGUUGGCAGUGGAGGGUGUCUCGGGGAACUGUGGAGAUGUUAACAUGUUCAUACAGGACAGCUCGGGCGAUGAACAGACUUAUAUACCACACUUGAAUGAAAAUUUCUUCCAAACCAAAUUUAAAAUAGACCCCAACGAGCUUUACACAUUUCAUGAUUCUGACAUCAUCGCCGGAGAAAUAACUGUUAGUCAUACGGAUGAUAAUUUCAUGUUCCCUGAUAAUGUAGAAGUUAAGGCCAAGUUCUUGGACAGCCCGAACAAUGAGGUGGAUCUUCAGAUUAAAGGCUCUCUUCCUAACGGGGAAGUCAUCCGGGAUGAGAUCAAGCUUGAGAUUGUUCCUAACGGGCAUUUCAUGCCCGAGCCUAAGCAUCCCAUGACUCCCAAUUACAAAGAUGUGAAGACUGCUAAUACCAAAGUUCAGAAAGCAAAGAAUCCGAGCCUCGGAAAAGAAAUCAGUCGGAGUAACUCUGUUGAAGUAAGACGGCCAAGUGUUCACAGCCCCAAGGGCCAAUCUAAUAAUGUAGCCUCAUGUAAGAAAGUCAGUAUUAAUAGUGUUAAUACUAAUCAUAGUAAAUCCUCGACAAAUCCCAAACUGUCGGGGUCGGAAACAUUUCUGGAUGUUUUUAAAAGAGAACAGGGUCUGGUAGAGAAUGCCCCGGCAGUUAUAAAGACUGAGUCUCCUGCUGCGCCCCCACCUAAAGCACCACCAUCUUCAGUGAAGAAAGCACCAUCAGCCAAGUCGUCCCAAAGCAAGGUCCGGCGAGGCCGCGGGCCGGCGGUCCACGAGGCCUUGCAGCGGAUACCGACACCUCGCGCCGUACCCGUCCCCAACCGGGCCUGGCACGCUCCGGGGGACAGCUUAUUCGACUGCGGGCCCCUUGACGAUAGAAAACCGAGAUUCAGGCAGCUAGAGAGCAGUAGCAGUGACGAUGAUAAUAUACCUGAGUUUGAAUUAGGCACAGGCCCCGUCUGCGUAGAAGAAAGCGCGGCGGAGUCCCGAGGAACUCGCCUAGCGCUCCGCAGGGCAGCGUUAAGACGGCAUGUCGUCAGGGCGGACACCUCUCUACGCUUAGCGAGGGAUUAUCGGGAGUACAAAUCCCUUGCUGCUAUCGUCAAGAAGCAACUGAACGGUCAAGGCUCAUCGUGCCGCCUUCCGACUCAGAUGGUAAACCAUUUGCUGGCGAUGCGGGGCAUGCCUGAGGUCCUGUCUUCACGGGAACGCCGAAGACUCAGAGAAAUCGGCUGGUCUGGCGGCGAGAGUGGCUCUCUAAAGCCGUGCCUCGGUGCCGCCUGCUCCGAAGACGGUUGCGGAGCCCCGCGCUUACCUUGCGGGCGAUAUUGUCUGUCGCACGUUACUUUGGCGCCCGAACAACGGUUAUACGCGUCGUGUGCGGCCGUGUUCGCGGGGGGAGCGAGAUGCAAGCAGCCGAUAUUGCCGCUUCAAGAGCAGACGCCGCUCUGCGCUGAACAUGCGUGGAAGCGAGAUAACUACGAUAAGUUGAGCCGCGACAGUAAGCCGAAGAAACUCGUCCGGAAGCGCGUGCUGCCGCCCACGCCGCGCCGCGCCAAGCGCCGGCGGCGCCUGCCCAAGCGGCCCGUGCCUACUCCCAACCAAUCUCUUUCAGAAAUCAACGUGUGCUCGAAUUCGUCGGCAUACGACAGUUCGGAAGACACCGGUAUGGGCGCGCUCAGCGAAAACGAGUUCAUCGUCUCGGCCACCAACUCACACGAACUUGAAGUGGGUGAAGUGGGUCAAGUGCCCCCAGACGACAUUCUGGACCCAGCCGUACUCAGCCAGAUUCCUGAUGAGGCGUUCACGGAAUUCUUCAAUCAAGGUGGUUCAUCAUUCGCGGAGAGUUCCGAGCUGGCCGCGGCGCUGGAGGCCGUGCUGGACGAGCGCGCGCUGGACAGUAUCGGGGACGUGUUCCAGCACUCGCCGCACCAGCCCAAGCCUAAGAUGCAAGUCCCAGCAUCAGUGGCAAUGGAGAUGUCUUCGAGCGCGCCCUCAUAACACACUAAUCUAACUAUGUUAAGCUAAAAUAUACUAUGUACUACAAUAGGAACAAAUUCAUAGUCUCAAAGAGUUGAAAUUAAUUUCUUCAUGCUUUAAGUUUUGUAUGUUUGUGUAAUGAAUGGAUUGUGGAGUGUCGUUUACGUGAUAUUAGUUUGGGUUUAGGGUCCGUAGCUGGAUGGUGCAUAGCUUGGUGGUCUAUAAAUGUGCAGAAACU